UUUUUUUAUAAGUUGUGCUGAUCAAUUUCGAAAGUGUACGACGAAGAAAACCAAACAGCGCCGACGGACGCGUAACAUCCAAACCAAGCGGCUGGAAGGUACCUAUAAAUGAGCCUAAUCAAACUUGGCGAUGUCAUCUGUCAGGACACUGAGCAAAAGAAUGAUGUCCUACGAGUCGCCGUGUCCCCACCGCAACGACUUCUCAUAUUUCGGUUUCAUCAACAUGAUGCUGAUAUUGCUGGAAGUGGCUAUCAACAUAAUCAACCUCAAUAACAACAACAACAACAAUAACAAUAACAAUAACAACAAUAACAACAACAACAACAAUGUAAAUGGCCCGGCUGCGAGGAGUUACAGAAACACUGAUGAGUUGGACAUUUUGGCAAUGGCGGGAAAUGUGGGCAUUGUGGAAACGGUGGGAAAUACGUUUGAUAGCGACCUCGGAAGCCCUGGCAACAGAUCGACAAAUGGAGGGGGAUUUCUAGAAGAGGCGGAAGAGAACGGAAGAAAGGCUGAAGAGAAAGGGAAUGACGUAGCCAUAACCGAGAGCGACGGAAUUCGUGGAAAAAACAACAUAAAAUCGAAGAAAGGGUUGGGCGGUCGGUGUUCUUGUGUCUCUGACGAAAUUUACGAGGGCUGGUCACGUCCGGAAGGUAACAGAAAGGCCACGCAGGUUGAUAAGGAAUUUAUUUUAUUUUAUGAUGCAGAAGAAGAAGAAGAAGAAGAGGAGGAGGAAGAGGAGGAGAAGGAGGAGAAAACCCCACUUCCGCACCUGCAAAGUCACCUUAUCGGUCUAAGAAAGCCCAAAUACUCCGAAGACGUCCCCAACUUGACCGGAUUUCCCCUCGACGAGUUCGACGACCCGUGGAGUUUCCUCAAUCGCGCGGAGAGAAACUUGUGGAGAAACGACGAUGAUUCAGGGAACAGCCAGAGAACAAGAGCUCGUUUGGGGGCAUCGGUUGGGGCAUUUGCCAAGUGGAUAAACAGAGUUGCUGCCAACCAAGCCUGCGCCAGGUGGCUAGUGUGCGAAGCGACCCGCAUGCUCGGCACGACAGACGGCGAUGUAAGGGAAUGUGUCGAGGCCUACCCUCAAUGUGCAUUAAUUCCACCUUCUUGGUGAUGAAGAGAUCAACAGGACUAUUGCUUCAACUUUCAAAAUAAAAUCUAUAUAAAUUGCAGAUUAUGUAAUUCAUAUCCAACUCUGUAAUUGAAAAUAUACAUUAUUCACAUUUUCAGUCAAUGGGAUCUGAGGUAUCCUAUACAAUACUUCGUGAGGUUUCGAUUAGCAAAGUCGUCAUUCGAUAUCUACUGUUUGUUUGUUCGUUUGUAAGGUGUCUUUACGUUGCAUGGGACCAGUGGUUAUUCAGCAACGGGAAAUAAACAUCUCUCACCCCUCAGCGGAAUGCCCGAGAAUCGAACUCGCGGCCACCGAGGUGGCAGGCCAGCACCAUACCGACCACGCCACAGAGACGCUGAUAUCUACUUUUAACCGUGGAAUUCGUGGCACGUCCCCCCAAAAGAUUAAUCUCACGGGGUUAAAACCCAUCUUUGUCUUUUUCCUAUACUGCUUCAUCGGGUCUACAAAAAUGAUGAUAAUUGUUUUUGUUUGUUUGUUUGCAUAGUGCUUUUACGUUGCAUGUAACCAGUGGUUAUUCAACAACGGGACCAACGGCUUUACGUGACUUCCGAAACACGUCGAGAGUGAGCUUCUAUCCCCAGAAAUACACAUCUCUCACUCCUCAAUGGAAUGGCCGAGAAUCGAACCCACGACCACCGAGGUGGGACGCUAAUACCAUACCAACCACGCCGCUGCUGCUGAUGAUGAUGAUAAACCAUUAAAUGUCACCACAAGCCAUAUAGGGUCGUUUUAAUGUCCAUUUCUUUUGACCUUUGGAUCAGAUAAGUCUCUGGCCUCCAUUCCGUCGUGCUUG